GAGAUUGGUCAAAAUUCGAACCGGGCAAAUCCAGACAGAAACUACCCAGAUCAAGAAAGCCUUUGCACUCGUGUUGCUGCCAACAACACUGCCUCUGAUUGGUGAACAGGGGAUCUCUGUAAUAACUGCGCUUCCAGUUACACCGUGUCUUCUGGUUCGGAUCAAGAACAAGAACUGUCUCGUGCGCAGCUCGAAUCUUUGCAUCGGCUUCCGCGAGCCCAUUUCUUCGGAACGCCGAUUCACCACCCGUACGUACUGCGAGGAUACCCAGAUCCAUCAUAGGCAGAGAUCUUCCCGGGAAAGUGGGGGACGCUUCCGGGAAAGUACCCAUCUGGGUUCAGGUCAAACAUUUCAAGAACGAGAAAUUCCAUUGUGAAAGUGAAGUGUCGUCGUGGUUAUGGUGGAGCGAGGUGAUGUCUUGGCCUCUGAAGAGGAGGAGGAGGAGGAGGAGGUGGAGGGUGUGGAGGAAGGAGGAGGAGCGCCCGGACCGAGGGGGUGCGACUGCCUCCGUGCCUCGAUCCAGUGGCUGAGAAUGCUGUCGGCGGAGAUGCAUUGGAGCUUCGUGCUGGCGGUGGUGUUCGUGUACGGGAUAGGCCAGGGGCUCGGCGGCGCUCUGUCGCGGGUCGCGACGGAGUACUACAUGAAGGAUGUCCAGAAAGUCCAGCCUUCGGAGGCUCAGAUUUAUUAUGGGAUCGUCAAUAUUCCUUGGAUCAUCAAGCCGAUUUGGGGCCUUCUGACCGAUGUUGUCCCGGUCCGCGGGUACCGGAGGCGCCCCUACUUUGUUUUCGCAGGUUUUAUCGGUGUAUUCUCCAUGCUCGUGUUGUCAUUCUACAAGGUGCACCUUGUUCUUGCCCUAGUGCUAUUGACAGCAGGAAGUGCUGGUGUUGCGAUAGCAGACGUCACCAUUGAUGCUUGUGUGGCACAAAACAGCAUCAGUCAUCCCUCUCUGGCAGCUGACAUGCAAAGCCUGUGUGCUUUGAGUUCUUCGAUUGGAGGACUUGUGGGCUUCGUCAUUAGCGGUAUCCUUGUUCACCUAAUUGGUCCGAUGGGGGUAUAUGGUCUUCUGACAGUACCGGCUGGCCUUAUGAUUUUACUGGGAGUCAUACUCGAUGAGCCUCACAUACCAAAUUUUGAUUACAGACAGGUCAACCGGAAGUUUUUUUAUGCUGGGAAGGCCAUGUGGACGACUUUGAAAAUUCCAGCUGUUUGGAGACCAUGCUUGUACAUGUAUACAUCACUUGCAUUGAGUUUGAAUAUUUUCGAUGGGAUGUUCUAUUGGUACACCGAUGCAAAAGGAGGUCCAUUGUUCGCUAAGGAGACCGUCGGUUAUUUGUUCUCAAUUGGCUCAGUUGGCUCACUCCUAGGAGCACUACUAUACCAGCACAGUCUUAGGGAUCAUCCGUUCCGGGAUUUGCUGUUGUGGACCCAGUUGUCCUUUGGUCUAUCAGGAAUGCUUGACCUAUUCCUGGUUCUGCGACUGAACUUGAAGUUUGGCAUUCCGGACUAUUUCUUUGCCGUGAUCGAUGAGUGUGCGUCCCAGAUGAUCUCGAGACUGAAGUGGAUGCCUCUACUUGUACUCAGUUCGAAGCUGUGCCCCUCCGGCAUAGAAGGCACCUUUUUCGCCCUGCUCAUGUCAAUCGACAAUGUCGGACUUCUCUCGUCGUCAUGGGGAGGGGGAUUACUACUUCACUUACUCAGGGUUACCAGGACCCAAUUUGAAAACUUGUGGUUAGCUAUCUUGAUACGAAACAUACUACGCAUAUCUCCGCUCUGUCUGCUGUUCUUGGUUCCGAGAGGCGAUCCAAAUUCUUCCAUACUUCCGAGCGAAGUAUUGGCUUCUGAAGAGGACGCCGAAGCUCUGGAACCCGAGAAAAUUGAACUGGUUUCCCUCGUUAAAAGCACUGAUAAUGGCAGAUGAUUUUAGGGGGGUCUUUGGAGUCGGUCCACUUGCCAUUUCUUAGAAGAGGACAUAAAAAGAGAAACUGAGUUAAUACAUCUUCACGGAUACAAAGAGACUGGACAAAGAAGUUCUGGUUGUAUGUCGAUUCCUAACUGUAAUUUGCGUUACAAUAGGUUACAUUUGGAUAUACAAUUCUUUGUUCUCAUUGCGUUUUGUACUCACAGGAGUAACCAAUCAAUGGAAAGAACAAAUAUUUAGGCUC